ACUGACCUAAAGAAUCAGAAAAUAGAGAAUGGUAGGGAUUACUGAACUAUAGAGAACUCAAGUCCCAAAAGCUGUAAAUACUCUGGGAGCCAAAGAAAAUAUACCUAUUGGUCAGAGUUGGCCUAAGGGUUGUACUUGAUAUAGUGUUUAAGACCAAUUCAACCCAAGAGACAAAAUGAUUUUCAACUUUUCUGCUGACGACGGGAUUAAAAGAAUCCAAGAUGACUGUCCCAAAGCUGGAAGGCACAAUUACAUAUUUAUCAUGAUUCCUACUUUAUAUAGUAUCAUCUUCGUGGUAGGACUAUUCGGGAACAGCUUGGUAGUGAUAGUCAUUUAUUUUUACAUGAAGCUGAAGACUGUGGCCAGUGUUUUUCUUUUUAAUUUAGCGCUGGCUGACUUAUGCUUUUUACUGACUUUGCCACUAUGGGCUAUCUACACUGCUAUGGAAUAUCACUGGCCCUUUGGCAAUUACCUAUGUAAGAUCGCUUCAGCCAGCGUCAGUUUCAACCUGUAUGCCAGCGUGUUUCUACUCACGUGUCUCAGCAUCGACCGCUACCUGGCAAUUGUUCACCCAAUGAAGUCCCGCCUUCGACGCACAAUGUUUGUAGCCAAAGUCACCUGCAUCAUCAUUUGGCUGCUGGCAGGAUUGGCCAGUUUGCCAUCUGUAAUCCACCGAAAUGUAUUUUUCAUCGAGAACACCAAUAUUACGGUUUGCGCUUUCCAUUAUGAAUCCCAAAAUUCAACCCUUCCCAUAGGGCUGGGCCUAACCAAAAAUAUCCUUGGUUUCUUGUUUCCAUUCCUGAUCAUUCUCACAAGUUACACUCUUAUUUGGAAGGCUCUCAAGAAGGCGUAUGAAAUUCAGAAAAACAAGCCAAGAAAUGAUGACAUUUUUAAGAUAAUUAUGGCAAUUGUGCUUUUCUUUUUCUUUUCCUGGGUUCCCCACCAAAUAUUCACUUUUCUGGAUGUACUCAUUCAUCUGGGUAUCAUCAGUGACUGUAACAUUGCAGACAUUGUGGACACCGCCCUGCCCAUCACCAUUUGCCUUGCUUAUUUUAACAACUGCCUGAAUCCUCUUUUUUAUGGCUUUCUGGGGAAAAAAUUUAAAAACUAUUUUCUCCAGAUUCUGAAGUACAUUCCUCCAAAGGCCAAAUCCCAUACAAACCUUUCUACAAAAAUGAGCACGCUUUCCUACCGUCCCUCCGACAAUGCAAACUCAUCUACCAAAAAGCCUGCACUGUGUUUGGAGAUUGAGUGACAUGUUCGAAACCUGUCCAUGAAGUCAUCUUGUAAAAGAAGGAUCAAGUAAAGCAUUUCUCUACCACUCUUCACCUCCACAUGAACAUUAGCAUGUAAGGAGAAAACGGAUUAUGUAAACUGAACCAACUAAAGCUCUGAACAAAAGCUUCUCUUUCCCUUUGCAGCAAGACAAAGCAAAGUCACAUUUUGCACUAAACAGAAUGAUGACUACUCCAAGAAGAAUGUCAGAAGCUAGAUGAAUGUGUUGAUUUGAAAAAUUUUAUGGCAGAAACGCAAUCUCCUCUGUCUGCUCCUGUCCUAAUAUUUUCAAUGUCCACGUAAAGGUAUUUAGAUGUUAAACCUUUAAGGAGCAACAGAAAAUCACAGUUUAAGAUUGCCCUGCCCGAUUUCCAAAAAGCAGGAAAGCUUUUGUGCCCUAUUAGCAAUUAGAUGUGGUCCAUUUGUCCCUGCUACUACAUAUUUUACACAAAGAUUUUCUAAGUGGUAGUAGUCUAAUUUCAGAAACUUUCAUGAAAUUCAGCCAGUGUCUUACAAAUUCACCCUGCAAAACAAUGCCAGGAAGAUGGCUUAUUUGUAUAAUGAUGCUACUAAAAUCACAUAUCAAACUUAAAUUACUCGUACAGGUCUUACUGUGGUUCCAAGUACUAGUGUCUUCCUAGUCAUAUUAAUUUGAUAUUAUAUCAGAGAAGUGUAUAUACUUGUGGUGAAAAGAUUAUAUAUCAUAAAGUAUGUUUUAUUGUUUUUGAAAGGUAUAUAUUCUACACAUCUAUGUAUAUCUCUAAACUGUUGUUACUUGAUUAAAAUCUAGCAGUUAUAUUUACUUUAAAAUAAAAUAAUUUUAUU